AUGGAACCUCAAAUCAAUGACCUUCAGAUUGAAUCUCAGGUCCAUGAGUUGCUCGAUUUUCCGGUUUGUACAAAUCAGAUUUCUUCUACCAUCUACCAGUGCUCCAAUGACUACACCCGAGAGCUCAACAAUGACAAGGAAAAACCGUAUAAUUGUCCCUACUCUGGAUCCAAGUGUACAGUCACAGGAGAUAUUCAAUGGCUGCUUCAGCAUCUAAGGAAUGAUCAUCAUGUUGAAAUGCAUGAUGGGCGAUGUUUCAGUCAUCGAUAUGUCCAUCAUAAUCCUAAACAUCUUCAUCAUGCUACUUGGAUGUUAACUGUACGUUAA